UAUAACGAACACUAUCGCGCCGUCAAAUUUCAAAUCCCUCAAUUCCAACGGCUACUUUUAACUUGUUCAAACCAAACAGUGAGACAAACCCAUCUUCACUUUUCUUUUUUACUUUCAUUCUGAAUCGUUUUCUUCCAUUCAAGUUUUCACCGAAGAAUCUCCAAAGACAUAGGGCUAAUGGCUAAGGCUAAGCUAACUCCACCAAUGGCGAAGCUAUAGUCUUUCUCACUACUACAAGGUAAUUUCUUUCUUUUCUUGAAGUUGAUAGAAAAAUGAAUACUGAAAGGGUUUAUGAAGAGCUGGAUGAAGCUAAAGCUGAGGUUGAGAAGCUCCGGGUGGAGAAUAAAAGCAAAACAGAAGUAUCUGAAAACUUGAAGAGGUCUUACAAUGAGCAACUCAAAAAAGCCCAGGCAGCAAGUUCAAAAAUUGAGAAGCAGGCUGAAGAAAUUAAUGACAAAGCACACGAACUCUCUGUGUUGAAACAAAGGUUUGAAGAUGUUCAAUGUAGUUUGAAUGAAAAGGAGUCCAUCAUCAGGCGUCUAAAUGCUGCGAAUGAGAAGAUUCGAGUUGAUUGUGAUGACAAGUUCAGGAAAUGGGAAGAGGAAAAUAAAGGGCUGAUCUUGGCUUUAGAGAAGGCAAAUGAAAAGAAUGUGGAUCAAGAGCAACUGAUUCAUUCUUACAAAGAACAAAUUGAAGUCUUCAAAGGGAGUUUAUCAGUUUCACAGAAGAAAUGCUUUGAAGUAGAGAAGAAUGCAAAGGGAGCCAAAGAAGCAGGAGAAAGAGAGAAUGUGUUAUUCAAACUAGAGGAGGACAAGAGGAAGAUUGAAGAGCAGCUCAAAUGGAAAAAGGAACAGUUUACUCAUCUAGAAGAAGCGCAUAGAAAAAUGAGAGACCAGUUCAAGGCAAGUCAAAAGGAGUGGGAGCUAGAGAAGAAUUCUAUGAUUGAUGAGAUCGAUUCACUGCAAACAAGACUAGAUUCUCAAACUAGAAUAUCAGAAGAUUUUCAAGACCGGUUGCAAACGUGUACCCAAGCGUUGGCUCAUGAGGAAAGCCGGAGAAAGUAUCUUGAAGUUCAAUUUUCUGAGGUUCAAAGCAGAUUUGACAAUGUUUUCAAUGAUUACCAGGAUGCAAAAUCCCAACUAGAAUGCUUCACUGAGAAGAGGAAUGAAGAAAUUGCAUCUCUUAGACAUGCACUUGACAAAAAAGAGAUACUUCUUAAAGAGAUGGAAUAUCAGAAAAGACAAAUGGAGCAAGAAAUGCAGGAGGUACAGUUUUCACUAAAAGAACUUCAGGAAGCUCUAAUCCAAAAGGCUUCAGGUUCACCUUCUGUUGCAAAGCUGCGAAACAAGCUCAAAUGUUCGGAGCAGAUGCACAAAGAAUCUACUGCAAUUCUGAGGGCUAAAGAAGCUGAAUUGAAGUCCCAACUUGAGACAUUGACACAGGAAUUGGAAAAGUGUGGUUCUCAGUUAGAAAGUAAAGACACAAUGGUGAAGGAGCUCAGACUGGAAUUGGAGCAAGUACGUGAAGACUUUUCUUUAACUCUCAGGACUAAAGAAGGUGUAUGGAACUCUCAACUGGAAAAAGCCAUAAAUGAUUUGAGCAAUUGUAUGGCUGAGUUAGAGAGUAGAGAUGAAACUAUAAAACAGCUCAGGGUGGAGUUGAAACAGAUCGGUGGAGACUCUAGAGAACAUAUCAAGGCUCAAGAAGCUGAUUGGAUGAACCAGCUAGAAAAUAAAGAUGCCAUGUUAAAGGAGCUAAGAAUGGAGUUGGAGCAAACGCGUGAAGACUUCACUGCAAACCUCAAGGUUAAAGAGGAUGAAAGCAACUCUCAACUGGAAAAGGUUACAACUGAUUUGAGCAACUGUAGGUCUGUGUUGGCAAGUAGAGAUGCAACGAUAAAAGAGCUCAAGAUGGAGAUAAAACAGAUUCAUGGAGACUCUACAGCAAAUAUCAAAGCUCAAGAAGCUGAAUGGAAGUGCCAACUGGAAAUGAUGGCAGAGGAUCUCAACAUGUGUAGGUCUCAGUUAGAGAGUAAAGAUGAAAAGAUUAAGAAGCUGAAGAUGGAAGUGGAGCAAAUGAAUGAAGUCUGUUCUGCAAGUCUCAGAGAUAAAGAAGCUGAAAUGAAUUCUCUACUGGAAAAUGUUACAAGUGAUCUAAACAACUGUAGGUCUGAGUUAGAUGGUAGAGAUGCAAUGAUAGAAGCACUGAGAAUGGAGUUGGAAAGUCUCCGAGAUAAAGAAGCUGAAAUGAAUUCUCUACUGGAAAAUGUUACAAGUGACCUAAACAACUGUAGGUCUGAGUUGGAUAGUAGAGAUGCAAUGAUAGAAGCACUGAGAAUGGAGUUGGAAAGUCUCAGAGAUAAAGAAGAUGAAAUGAAUUCUCUACUGGAAAAUGUUACAAGUGAUCUAAACAACUGUAGGUCUGAGUUGGAUGGUAGAGAUGCAAUGAUAGAAGCACUGAGAAUGGAGUUGGAAAGUCUCAGAGAUAAAGAAGCUGAAAUGAAUUCUCUACUGGAAAAUGUUACAAGUGAUCUAAACAACUGUAGGUCUGAGUUAGAUGGUAGAGAUGCAAUGAUAAAAGCACUGAGAAUGGAGUUGGAAGAGACCAAAGGAGAUUUUCUUGCAAAUUUCCAGGCAAAAGAAGCUCAAUGGAGGUACCAAUUGGAAAUGAUGACAGGAGAUCUUAACAAGUAUAGGUCUCAGCUAAAUAAUAAAGAUGCAAGACUGAAGGAGCUUGAAACAAACUUGGAAGAGUGUCACUGUUUAAGCUUGCAGCAGAAUGAGGAGAUUUCUGUAAUGUUAUUGGUGUUAAAAGAAGCAAUUUCUGAGGCGCAAAUGAAGUUUGCAAAUGGAAAGGCUCAAAUAGACCAGACUGAAAAAGAGAACAAACGGAAUGCUUCCCUAUUGAUGCAGCAGCUGGAGAUGAAGAAUUCUACUAUUGAGAGAUUACAGAAAGAUAUUGAGAAGGAGCAUGAGAAUGUGGCCUCUUUGUUGGGAAGAGUUGAGAGGUUGGAUGCCAUUGGCCAGCAGCAGCUUUCAAUGCAAAAAGAUCUUGAGAGGUAUGAGGAGAUGAUCAUGGAAUUAUCUGUGUGUGAAAUCUUCUUAAGAGAACAAAUUCUGCAAGUGGAAAGUGUUUUGAAAAAUAAACUGAGGGAAGUAUGCAUCGAACUCGACAGAACACACACUGAACUGGCUGAGAAAAUCUGUGAAGGGAAUGAAAUCGAAUUUGAACUGUACAUAUGGAGAUCAGCUGCCAAAGGCUUAUUGGUUGAUCUUGAAGAAAACUAUGAAAUACGUAAAGAGUUAGAAGCUUCUCUUCUUGCGGAGGUAGAUGUUGGGGAAAUCACUAAGCAAGAAAAACAUCAUCUUCAAUGUAUGCUGGAACAAAAAGAUGAUAGAAUAUAUAAUCUCCAGCACCAGGUCGAGCUACUAGAGCAAAAUCUCAAAACAAGAGAAGCUGCUGCCUACUCAACUGAGAUGGAAACAGCAAUGUCCUUGGAGUCAGAGAAAGCAAGUUUAAGAGAGAAGGAUAAGAUCUUAGAGCAGCUCCAGAGAGAAGUUGAAUGGCUGGAGCAAGAAUCAUUGAGAAGAGAACUUGAAGAAGUUUUGCUCUCAAGAAUUGAAGCAGAAAGAACAGUUGAGCAUGAAAAAGAGCUUAUGCAACAGAAGAACCAGAGAAUAAAUGAGUUGAUGCAGCUUGUGGGGUCGUUUGAAGAUAAAUUAAACAGCUCAUUUAUUUCUUUCUCUUCAGAGCUCUCCAAGAAACAGGCAGAGAUUAAUCUGGCACAUGAAGCAUGGGAGAAAAUAACUGCUGCCCAGAUUAUGGCUGCAGUAGAAAUUGAAGAGAAGAAGCUUAUGGUUGCUGAGCUUGAGGAUGAUAUCCAUAAUGUAGAGCAGAAAUUGGAACUGCAGCAAAACUCCAUGUAUGUUUUGAAGAAGCAAGCAUUCGAAGUAGAAGCAGAAUUGGAGGCAAAAGAGUUGGAAAUCAAGGACUUGAGUUUUAGAUUCAAGACAAAGUUGAAAGAGUCAGAUGCUUUGAUUGAAGAGCUCAAGAGUGAGAGAAAAAACUUACUUGAAGAGAUCACUAACUUAUCAUCAGAAAGGGAAAACUUAUUGGGAUUGAUUGAGGGGUUGAGUGAGAAGAUUAGUGAGAUCUCCAGUUCAGACAAACAACUAAUGGAUCUUUUGGAGACAACAAUGCCCUCUACUGAGGAUGAACACUCUGGCUAUCAGAGUGAGAAUGUGAAUAGUCCCAUUGCAGUGAAGAAACUUGAAGCAAAUUCUGACAGAAGAUCCCCAUUUAGAGAGAUCAACUACUAGAAAUAUCUAUGUUGCUCAUGGAUAAAGGAAUGUUGGUGAUCUUGUAGAGUGUAGUAGUAAAAGCAUGAAUUCUUGUAAUUUCCUCUUUACCACUUCAUUAGCCAGCUUGUGUUGUGUGACUGACUGACUGAUGCUAGUGUGUAAGUUUUUUGUUCUUACCACAUAUGCAUCUUGGUCAACAAUUCAUUCAGUGCAUGCAUUUUUUUCUUCAUUAUAUUUUUUUCUACUAAUGAUGUUUCUGACACAAACUACAAUUUUUGAAGUUGCAUUGAUACAUCAUAUAGCUUAAACUAUCUAUAAUUGACUCAGAAUGUGAUUUGCUUUAAAAA